CCUCCAUCUUCGCACAGAUUUCCCGCUCCUUCCUUCAAUGCCGCCACUGUAAAUCCAAGUUCAAAACGGUGCUCGAACGGAAACCCUUCCACAGUGCUAAGCACGGAGCUCCCCACUCCUCCUCCUCCCGCGCAGCCGCCGCCGCCGUCUUCCAUCAGUAAUGAAAGCGAUUCGCAAGUCCAGAAAGCCCGAUUCGUCUCCCAAGCUGCUUCUGCGACAGAUUGUCGGAUUGACCGCGAGGAACGCGAAUGGGCUUGCGGGGAUCGCGUCUGCUAGGAGCUGCGUCUAUGUGGCGGGUUGCGUGGUCGUGGUCUAUGACGUGGUGUCCGGCACGCAGUCGCACCUCUUGGUCUCUCAUCGAACGCCCAGACCUCUGAGCUGCGUCGCGGUUUCGCACGAUGGCCGGUUCAUUGCGGCUGGAGAGUCAGGGAGUCAACCUUCAGUGCUGUUGUGGGACUACGCAAAUAUGUCACUUGUAUCUGAAAUGAAAGGUCAUUUUCAUGGAGUUGCAUGCAUUGCUUUCUCUCCUGAUGGGAAGCAUCUCGUCUCAGUUGGAGGUUAUAUCUAUUUCUGGGACUGGCAGAGUGGAAGAUUGGCAACAAAGGUUAAAGCUAGUUCAUCUUGUUCUGCCAUUGCAUCUGUUACCUUUUCCUCGGACACAAAGUAUAUCCUGACGGCUGGAAAUAAGCAUUUGAAGUUGUGGUCAGUUGCUUUGUCUUCCCGAACUCGCUUUAAUGGUGAGGCAGAGACACAAGUGCUGCAGGGAAAGCCUCUUAAUCUUGGUCUUCAGAGAGGACAGUCAUUUGUAUCAGUAACAUCCCCCAUUUGGACCAAUCAGCAACCAGCCAACGAUAGAUUUCUUAUCUAUGCAUUGACUGAAGCAGGUGUAUUAUGCCUUAUUCGUUCUGGUUCCCUGAGAAAUUCGGUGGAUUUGAAGGUUAAAAGAGCUUUUGCGUUGUCUGCAUCAGACAGGCUAAUUGCCUGUGGAUGCAGCAAUGGAUUAGUACAACUGGUUUCCAUGGAGACCCUAGUAUAUGCUGGGACAUUAUCAUACUCAAUGUCCCAAAAAUACCAUGUUGAGAUGAAGAAUUACGAUACUGAACCCAGCCAAAAGGAUUGUAAAGUCACAGAAGCACUUCCAGAUGCAGUUGCUUGUCAGUUCUCAACGUCUGAAAAGCUUGUGGUUGUCUAUGGAGAUCACAGCAUCUAUAUAUGGGAUUUUGAUGACACCAAUAAGGCUUCCAGGUGCUGUGUGAUUGUUUCACAUUCUGCAUGUAUAUGGGAUAUCAAGAAUCUUCGCUGUGAAAACGAGCAUGAUCCUACUCUUGCAUGUGUUGCUAGAGGCUGCUCUGGUGGAGUUUCUUUUGCAACAUGCUCAGCUGAUGGUACUAUUAGGUUAUGGGAUUUCCUGUUGGAACCUAAUUUACCAAAAGAUGCUGCAAGACGCAAUUCUUUAGUUUCACAUUUAGCAAGUGCUGGAAUUUUUGUGCGUGAUACCAUCGAGCCGGGCAUUAGUGCUCAUGGAUUUCGGUCAAUGACGGUCAGUUCAGAUGGGCAGUACCUGGCUGCUGGUGAUUGUGAUGGAAAUAUUCAUAUCUAUAAUUUAUAUAGUUUUGAAUACACAUGUCUUAAGGGCGCUCACGAUGCGGAAGUCCUUUCUUUAUGCUUUAGCUCAUUAGGUAAGAAGAGUAGCAUUUCCACAGGAGUCAAAGACAACAACUACUUUCUUGCUUCAGGGGGACGUGAUCGGGUUAUCCACCUUUAUGAUGUCAAAAGGUUUAUGCCAACUUUGGUGCUUGUUAACUUGGCUUUUGUAAUAUCAUUGUUUGUGAACCUUCUUUUAUUCAGGAAUUUCGACCAUCUUGAACGCAUUGACGACCAUUCAGCUGCUGUGACAUCAGUCAAGCUCAUUAGUGAUAGUGGCAAGCUAUUAAGCUGCAGUGCCGAUAGGUUGCUGGUAUUCCGCGAUAUUGUAGUAGCAGAUGGAAGUUAUAAGAUUUCAUAUGGUCAUCGCCAGAUGGCAUCUAAUGGAACUGUUUAUGAUAUGGCUCUAGAUCGAUCUGAGGAGGUUGCCGUCACUGUCGGACAGGAUAGGAAGAUAAAUACAUUUGAUAUAGCAUCUGGGAAGCUUAUAAGAUCUUUCAAGCAAGAUAGAGAUGGUGGAGACCCUAUCAAGGUUUUCAUGGAUCCAAGCUGCAAUUACCUGGUUUGUUCGUAUUCUGACAAGUCGUUACGCAUGUAUGAUUUCAAUAGUGGGGAGAUGGUUAUUCAAGCUGCAGGUCAUGGGGAAGUAGUAACUGGCAUCAUUUUCCUACCUGACUGCGAGCACAUAAUAUCUGUAGGUGGAGAUGGGUGUAUCUUUGUUUGGCAAGUACCCAGUGCCUUUUCCUGUAAGAUGCUGCAGGGAAUAAAAGCGAACUCUGACCCGCUAAGUCCAAGAAGCUUGGUCCCACCAACAGCUUUUCGUCAUAUUAUAUAUUGUGACAAGGAAGGAAACCAGCUUAACACCGAUUCUGAAGAGAUGUGGCUCUGUACUUCCAAACAAGUUGGAGGCAUAGGUGAUCUUAGAGAUAGUCCUAAAGGGAACUCAACUUUUAGUUUUAGCAUUUCAAGACUACCAAAAUGGGCGCGAGCGAAAGUAUUGAGCUCUGGAAGUCCAAAGAUUGCUCCAUCUCAGGAGCCCGGUCUUGCAUUCCAGGAUAUUCAAACUCCAAAAAAAAGUGACAUUGGGGAGAGUUGGUCCUGUAUCACAAAUAAAUCAGGAGGGGCACAUUCUAGUGACUCCCCAAGCUCGACAUUGUCACAAAAGAGAAACAGAAUGGACAGGCAUUGGCACACUAUUUAUACUGUCUGCAUGGACUUUCAAAAUUCUCCUGAAGCAUGGAAGCAGAAAGAUGAAACGAUUCCAGUUCUUGCUUUCUUCCAGGACAUCGGAAAGCAACCAACAAGUAGUAAACUUCUAGCAGGAUCCUGUGUACCGUUUUGUGAGGAGGAUUCACUUCAGGCAUUAUAUGAUGAGUCAGAGCAGUCAUACGAUAUGAAAAUUGAAAAUGAGGCACUGGAAGCUGCGAGUAGUUACACCUCCCAGAGUGAGAGUGAACACCGUGAAUCAUGUAACAGGGAAGCUGCUGAUCAUGCUUCAGAGCAGCCAUUUUCAGACAGAACAGAAAAGGAGUUGCAGGAGAAAGGCAACAAUUUUAACUGCUGUGAGGAGUACGAAGACAAUACGUUGUUUGACCAGCACUUCGCUAGCUUAUCAGCAACUUCAAAGAUAGAGGAAAGGCAACCAUCAGCAAGGAGAAGAUAUUCUGCCCAAUAUGUUGUGCAGCGGAGGUAUCUUGGAGAGUGGAAGAGCUUUGAUUCUCUCUGUGAAGAAUUAGACCAUAAACAGCCAUUCAAUGUUGUGGAAGAAGCUAACCUUGAUAGCAAUGACAUGUCGAAGUCAACUUGCAAGAUGAUGAAAGAACUGACUAUUGGAGAACCUUGUGAUCAGGCGAUGAAGAGCGCAAGGAAUAUAAUAAUUUCAUCUUCUUGCUUGCCUGGUGAACCAACAAUAGUUGAGUCCGCAGAGGAAAGAAAGCAGAAGAAAUCUCCUCAUGACGAAAAAGGGGUGAAGGGAAAAAUCAGUGAAUGCAGCAAGGCAUUACUCAAUUUGGAGAGUGCUACGGACACUGUAACGCACUUAAUUACUGAUUUGACUUCCAUGGCUUCUGAAGAAGAGCUUCUGAAGGGUUCUGGAGCAGGGUUAUACAACCAGGCUGCAGAACUGCUUCCAACAAUUGCACAAAAGGUCGACGCUCUUGCCAGAAUAUUGCGCUUGGGCGGCAACCUUUCAGUUGUCAGAAAUUGAAUGCAAUACAAGGUACGAAUUUUGUGUGUUUUAUCAACUCGUUAGGCUAAUGGCUGAUUUAGAAGCAGACUUUCUUACCAACCUUUGGAAGACAUGCACAAUGUCUUGUAGAGAAUUAACUAAUUUCAACUCCUAGGUGGGUAUGUUGCAUCCUGAUCAAUAUUGGCUGGCAUGGAAGCUUCUUGCUGAUGCAAGCUUAAUCACCCUUGAGAUACUUGUGAGUGGAGUCAUUUUGGCUAAGAAGUGUAUGAAACAUGAAGACCUAAAGUCAGGGCUCAAUAUCUCACCUCUUGGUUUCUCUACCCCCAAAAUAAACGGUCAGCACAAUGGCUAGUUCAAAGCAAUGAUCAGGACCCAAGGCCGAUUCGAUUAUCACAAAGAGGGCCCACAUCAUGGAGAUGGAGUUGCAGAAGAUGACAUGUCAGAUGACAAAAGUGCGGAAUGAAUCACUAGACGAAAAAAAACCUGAUGGCUGGAGUAGUGAAAAAAAUAAAUUUACCAUUUAGGAAUUUGAGAUUGUACAGAAUAAAGCAGUCAGCUCAACAAAAGUAGGGAAUUUUGAAUCUUUUUCGGAUCCGUACAUUAGCAAAUGCUUUCAUU